AUGCCUCUCCUCGUCGGCCUCCUUCGCUUCGCCGCCCUCACUCUCCCUCCGCCCGCUCUCACUGCACGCCGCUGCUCUCCUCCGCGCCGCUGCUCGCCACCAUCAAUGGCCGACGCGGAGGCGGCUAGGGCGGAGCGUCUCCGCGCGCUCGGCUUCGACUACCAAUCGGAGCUCUCGCGCGUCACGAGCGUGAAGCAGCCCGUCAAGCAGCCUCCGCCUCCAGAGUGGCUCGCCGAGGCCAACGCCGCCCGCCGGUACGAGCUCUGGCUCGAGGAGGGAGGCGCUCGCUGCGACGCGGUCAACGUGGUUCCCGCCGGCGACGCGGAACGCUUCGCGCUCGUCACUUCCGGCGCCGUCGCGGAGGGGAGCACGUUAUUCGAGGUGCCGGCGAGCAUGCUUCUCACUGCGGACGUGGCACUUCGCGACAGGACCGUUGGCCGUGACCUCUCCCUCGCUACGGCUGUGAAUGAGUGCCUCCCCGGCGCCGCCAUCAUCGCGCAGCUGGUAGAGCCGGUGGCGCGCAGCGCGUGGAUGCGGACCACGCAGCGCAGCGGCGUGGCGCAGGCGAGGAGGAGGAGAGGCGAGGCCCGUGCCGGCGACGCUCUGCUGCUGGCGAUGGAGGCGCAGUUCGGCCCUCCCCCCCCUCUCGACAGCGCGUCGGGGGAGCGGCGGUGCGUCGCGACUCGCGAUUUGCCAGCCGGCGCCCUCGUGAUCGCUGCCGACUACCGGGAGGAGGAGCGGCCUCCCGCGGCAGGCGACCGGGUGACGGUCGUGUCUGGCGCGCUGAGCGGGCGGGCGGGCGUGGUGGCGCGGGUGCGGGAGGAGGACGCUGCGGCGGUGGUUCGCUUCGACGGGUCGGACAAGCUCGUGGUUCUGGCGCCGAGCAAGCUCCGCGUGCAGGGCGCGAGGCCGCGCCGCAGCCAGCUGAUGUAG